AUGGGUCUCAGCCUCUUCGACCGCAUCCAAGCCAAGAUUGAGCUUUUCCGUCUUGAGCAGCGCUACACCCGCCGCCGUCAUCGUCGCUCCACCUUUGUCUCCAACGCUACCUACGUCGAUGGCGAGUAUGUCUACAACACCCCCAACAUCACCGGCUCCUCGGUGAACUCGAGCAAGACCAACACCACCCGAGAAAUGCCCUUCUCCCCCGACGUCGGCGUCAGCUCUCCUACGGAAGAAACACCCGCCAGGAAGGUCUCCAACAGGUGGUCUACCGUGCCCGGAUUCGGCAGCAGCUCGACCCCCUCGAAGCAGCCUAGCAUGGAGAGCGUAUCGCACCAGCAGCAAAACUUCGAGAGCCGGUACCAGCAGAACUCGUGGGGAAGGAGCUCGAAGCGCGUCAACUUCAACGAGGCCGAUCGGUAG